CGUUAAAAAGGAAGAGCUUAGCCUUGAACCCUUACCACCUUCCUUCCCCAUUUUCUCCAAAUUCAUCAACCAGAAACUGUUUCCCUACCCUCUCUCUUCCUCUCGCUGAAAAAUUUGUUCUUGACCGUACAUAAUACCCCAAAACCCUUUUCCUCCAGCACCGUAGAAUUUGUGGGCUUGUCUCAGCCAUCAACCCCAUUUAGAUUUUUUCCUGUUUUGUAAUUAAUCACACAAUCCGCUUCGUUACCAUGGGAAAACGGAAACGAAUUUCUGAUCAGACCCAGACCGAUCAUCAACCUCUUGUGUGUUCUCCUUCUACAGCGUAAUGAUAGAGGAAAGUGAAGAAAUGAAAUACUCUUUUGAGCUACUUGAAACGGUUCCAUUGAUGGGCACCUGAGAAAACGUGAUACGUCUACUUAUUUGGGCCAAUCUUAAUUGUUUCAGAAGUCAUUCCAUGCUCCUCUGAGAUGGACCUAUUGUCAGACGAGAAAUCUUCACAUUCAGGUGAGCCUGGUGUGGGUCUUCCAGCACCUGUUUUGGAUAUAACAGAUGAUCCUUUGAGGUUAUUAAAUGCCCAUCCAACAACAGCACAUCAUUAUCAGAGUGUCAGCCGUCCUAUACAUUUGAAGCGGUCACGACAUUACUAUGGUCAUCAAUACUCUCGACGUAACUCUGCAAAUCAUGCCAAUGCAUCAUCUUCUUGUGGAAAGAACACUUUGUCGUAUGAUGAGAGGCUUUCUUUUAAGUUAGCUUCUCAAUCCAUGUCAGAAUCUAAACGUCACACAGAAUUCAAAGAUAAGAUAUUUUCCCGUCCAGAGAGAAUCCGCUCGAGUUCCUUAGCUGCAGAUGCCGCGUCCUCUGAUGCAGUCAAGAUGGUUUGCGGGGUAUGUCAGAAGCCAUUGAAAAGGAAAAUUUUUCUGCAUGGGCCAUUAUCUCCCUCUGAAUUGUAUUCUUCCUGUGACCAAUCUUCAAUUGUGGCAGUCCUAGUUUGUGGUCAUGCUUAUCAUGCAGAAUGCUUAGAUCAGAAAACCAGCUUCGAAGAAAGACGAGACCCGCCAUGCCCUGUGUGUGAGUCUACUUCUGCAGGAUGAUGAACUCAAAACUUGCUACUGAACAUGAACAAUGUGAAAGAGUAGAGUUUUCUGCAAGAUCAUGACAUGAAGGGGGUAGUUUGUAUUGGUUGAAAUGGAAUGCGAGAGGUGGGAUAUUCAGUAUAGAUGAUGUACGUUAGGGUCUGUAUUAUCGGGUGGUAGGGUUUUCUGUAUAGAGGGAAAUAUAAGAUGGCAACUUACGCUUUGCUUUGACAUGUGUUGAGAGUUGAGACUGAUAUAUUGCAGUUGCCAGGGAUGUUUCAGAAUUCUAAUGACUGCUAAUAAAAAUGUUAGCUAUUGCUCAA